UCAAACUUAAUUCAUCCAAUCUCUCUCUUUUCGUCCCAAUAAAAUCUCUCUCUCUCUCUGACAAAACCAUGAGCCGCCGAGUAGCCGGACCAGGAUCAGAAUCCGGAAGCCCCAAAUUCGCUCGCCUCUCUCGUUCUCUCUCAAUCAAAACCAUGGAGGACCGCCGACUCGAAGUCACCAGGUCCAAUUUCAAGUCCGUCGCCGGACCGAAGAAACUCCGAGAUAUGAAGAAAACGGCGGUUAAAGACUCUCCAACUCAACUCAAAAAUGAAAAUGUUGUUCAAGAGGGUAUGGCUCAACUCCAACUUAACGAGGAGAAUACUACUACACCAAAACCAGAAGAGAGGAAAAUGCACAGAGCAGUCGUAUUUACUAGACCUAUCAAAUUCACAAUCCCUUGUAAAGUUUGCGGAGUGGUUGGCCACUUGAAUGAUGAUUGCCCCUACAUGAUACGUGUUCCAAACAAUGUAACUGAGGUUGGCAAGGGCUAUGAAAUAGUUACCUUCCGUGGUAAGAGGCAUGCUGAAAGUAUGGUAUGUGGUUAUUGUCAUAUCGGUGCUGACCAUCAGAACGAUGACUGCCCGCAUAAGAGCAAAAUCAUUGCACGAAGAAACUCCCUUCGGAAGGCCUCUCCUGCAGGUCCUCUCACCUCCUGAUCUUGCUGAUGCUCAGGAUUGGCAUGCUGCUGCUGUUGGAGGAUUAUAUCUACUCUUGUCUUGGAAUGUUGCUGUCCUCCGUAUUUUCGUUGGGUUGAGCACUCUUAGUCGAUCUGUAUUUUUGUCUAAAUAUUUUUGUUGAAGUUUGGUGACACCAAAAUACUAUUCACCUUUUCCAUUCUCUAUUCUCCUUAAAAAGUAAGGACCUUGAAAGAAUUUAAGAGACUUCAUAAUGCAAUUUAAGUA